CGUAGGGCGAUUUCUUUGAACACAAAUAUGAGAUUACACAUUUACACCCCUAUUUAAACUGGAGAGAGUUUGAAAUUUGCCUUCUCCCCCUCUCCGUUUGCCAGGCUUCACUUUCCAACCAUGUUGUCGACCAUUGGCAGGAGAAGCAUUCAUCCCUUCUGCACAUUACUCUUCAGCAUUCGUCUUUCUCACCGACCUUACCAUCACAUAAUUUCUCAAAGCAUCCCUUUAUCUCCACCGCCGACCACCGCCGUCCACCGGUCUCGGCUCUCCACAUCCGCAUCUCUUUCCGACCAACUCCAAACCCAAUCAAUCCCUCAAAGCUCAGACCCGUCUUCUCUUUCGUGUUCCUCUUCUCACCUCGUCAACGACCUCUCUAGGAUUCUCAGCGACUUCAGGAGUCCGCAUCACGAUAUCGAGUCAGCCCUCUGUCCAUUUGGCUCCCAAAUCUCCAGCGAUCUUGUUGAACAAGUGCUCAAACGGUGCAAAAAUUUAGGGUUUUCCGCUCACAGAUUCUUCAUCUGGGCUCAGAGGCUACCUGGUUUCAAGCACAGUGAAGAUAGCUAUCGCAUUCUAGUGGACAUCUUAGGACGUAGCAAGCAGUUUCCGUUGCUAUGGGAUUUUCUCAUGGAAAUGAGAGACAACACAUCUUGCAAAACCACUCCACAUAUAUUCUCCAUUGUGAUCAGGGCUUAUUGCAGGGCUAAUCUUCCUGCUGAUGCCAUAAGGGCAUUUUGCAAGAUGGCCGAUUUUGGAAUUGAACCGAGUGUAGACGAUCUCGGGCACCUUGUGUACGCUUUGUGCAAAAGAAAGCAGACAGAACAUGCCCAGCAAUUCUUUGACAGAGUUAAGGGGAGUUACCCACCCUGCCCAAAAUGUUAUAGCAUUUUGAUCAGGGGUUGGGGAGAGUUGGGGAAACUUCCUCAGGCACAGAAGCUGUUUGAUGAAAUGAAUCAGAGAGGGUGUUCUGCUCAUUUGCCCGCUUGGAAUGCUCUCUUGGAGUCUCUAUGCAAAGUAGGUCAGCUGAAUGAGGCUUAUACAUUCUUCAAGAAGAUGAGGUCUAUGGGAAUGGAACCGGAUGCUUUUACCUACUCCAUAUUCAUCCAUUCUCAUUGCAACUCAAAUGAUCUUCAUUCUGCUUUCAAGGUUCUUGCUAGGAUGAAGAGGUAUGAUCUUGUCCCUAACGUGUUUACUUACAAUUGCAUCAUCAAGAAACUCUGCAAGGCUAGUAAGGUGGAAGAUGCAUACCAACUGCUGAAUGAGAUGGUUGAUAGAGGGGCAAGUCCCGACUCUUGGAGCUACAAUACCAUUCUAGCUUUCCAUUGUGAUCACAAUGAAGUUAAUCAAGCUCUUAAACUAAUUUCAAGAAUGGAUCGAUGCGGUUGCCAACCAGAUCGUCACACGUAUAAUAUGAUUCUUAAAAUGCUCAUUAGGGUGGGAAGGUUUGAUAGUGCAAAUAAGGUUUGGAAUGGUAUGGAAGAAAGGGGAUACUACCCUUCAGUCUCAACAUAUGCUGUCAUGGUCCAUGGACUCUGUCGGAAGAAGGGAAAACUCGAGGAAGCUUGCAAAUAUUUUGAAAUGAUGAUUGAUGAAGGAAUACCGCCUUAUGCUUCAACCUGUGAGCAGUUGAGGAAUAAACUUAUUGGUUAUGGCUUUGUAGAACAGACAGAGAUACUUGCUGUUAAGAUGGAGAGAAGCACUUCGUGUUCAAUUCAAGAGCUAGCGAGCUUAAUGAGGCGUAAUAAGACUAGCGUCAAACACAGAGACGAAGAACACUCCGAUGGUGAUGACAGUGACUGAUGCCCAAUAGCAGUUUCAUUUGCCCAAUAUAUUGAUGGGAGAAGAAACCGAAUCUAUUUUUAUUUGUUCAGGGCUUAUUAGUGAUCAUAAUUGACGUGAUCUUGAGCUCAACAGCUCGUUUUCUGGUGCACGUUGUAUUGUUGUUACACUACCUGGCUCUUUGAGUGCAUACAAAUAAUGAAAUAUGCGAUGUCGU